GCUGUCCAUGCCACACGAGGCGUGUGACACAACUACCCGAUACACCACACGUGUGGCAGUUAUCGGGACCCUUCUGAGAAGCUGCGGGCGGAUCCGGAGGAGGGACCUGAGCUACAAGGGGCGGAUCCGGACGAGGGACCUCAUCUAUCAGCGGCGGAUACGGAGGAGACAUUGAGCAAUCUGUUUUCUGAGAAGCUGCGGGCGGAUCCGGAGGAGGGACCUGAGCUACGAGGGGCGGAUCCGGACGAGGGACCUCAUCUAUCAGCGGCGGAUGCGGAGGAGGUAUUGAGCAAUCUGUUUUCUGAGAAGCUGCGGAUUGAUCUGCAAAGGAAGGACAUGCCUCUGGAGAUGUUGAGAAACCUGAUAUCUGAGAUGCUAGCUGCGACACUAUUGAUAGAUGUUGGGGAGGAGGUACUUCAGCGGUGGCCGAGUAAUCCUCUGAGGAGGUAUUUUUUCCUCAGUAGUCGUAUGGGUGAGAAGAUGACAAGGAAACAGGUUCUCAUUGAGAUAGAGGCUCUCAGAAUAAUUGCAAGGUCCAGAGGUAUGCGACUGUCAAUGGAUCACGUUCUCAAAGAGGCAGAGGCUACUGUGGAAAUGGAGGAACAGGCUCUCAAGGAGAUUCAGACUACUGCCAGCGAAACAGUAGAGGAACAAGCUCUCAAGAUGAUUCAGGCUGUCAGGGAAAGAGUACAGGACGAGUUGAAGAAGAGCUCUCUGAAGAAAAAAGUACAGGACGAGUUGAAGAAGAGCUCUCUGAAGAAAAAGCCGAGGAGGCGAAAGGGUAAGAACAAGCUUCCGGAGGAGGCCCUCUCUGAACCAAAUGCUUACGAUCUUCAUCGAAAUUUCUGGAAUUCAAUGUUUGCUGGCCCACGAUAUGGUUGCUACGAGACCACAACUUCUACCCCUCCCAUGCGAUUCACUGAUGAUGUAUGUGACCUCGCUGGCCCACUUGAGACUCUUCAGAUUUUUUCAGUCAAAGUCGUUGGAGUAAAGAAGGGGAUAUCUUGGCCACUUAGUCUCUAUGGCAAGAUUGCGGCACGCGACACAGUUGAUCGCAAUCGCAAUAUCAUCUUUGAUUGUGAGAGGGAUAACUGUGAAAUCCUCUACGAGGAUAAUGUGGCAAUUAGUACUCGAAGUAUGUCUGGCCCAAUAUGCCUUCAGAUAACAGGAAGAUGUGGGUUCAGUAAGAUGGUUGAUCGACAUCAGAUUGGAUGCUACUGAUUUCCCCUUUUAUAUCUGAACUAAUCUUGAUGUUGUGUGGCUAGCAUUCAGCAUAAUUAUUUUGGAUUCUCAUAAUGAUUAUUGCCCCAUUAUAUGCAGAGUCCGUAUUUACCUCUCACCGGUCCUUCCUGUGCUGUUGUGUUGUCGGUACAUCAUUCAUAUAUCGAGGUUGAGUUAAAACUCAAGCUAGAUUCUGGUGAUGAAGAAUUCAGCUACGUAUCUGAUGCCUACAUCGAGAUUGUCCCUUUUAACUCCUUCGUCAUGCAACGAGAUUUGGCUGGCAGGCUUAGCACGUUGCAGCUAACUGUGGCCCACAUUAUUCAUUCCGUGGAGGCUACAAUUAGUGUCAAAGUCAAACAUGGGGAAUGGCCAUAUGGCCAUGGAGGCCUAUUUACUGCGUCUACUGCUAGCAUCAAUGACAUGGAAGUUGUGCUUCUUGGAUUUGAGGUUGAUGAGGUCCUACCUGUUAAGGAUGAUGGGCAUGUCAAGCUUUUUCGUCGCGUCGUUAGCGUUGAAAGCAAAGGAAAGCUCGAAGUCUUGGUGGAAGCAAACCCUGCCAAUGAUGAAGAGGAUGUAGUUAGCGACGACAUCUAUUUCACACCCAAGAGAUCUGGUAGGAGCCACCAAAUGCUCAAGGUUGGCUCUUGUGAGAUGGAGGUAACGGUGGCGUGGUCUCUCCUUUUGUCUUAUGGAUGAAGGGGCCAUGGGGUUUGUGCUUGCUUUGCUGGAAGUAGUCACAGCUGUGUGUCGCGUGUCUGUUUGCUACUUGGGUAGCUGCUGCUUGUGAAGUAGAGGCCAUGAUGUUUGUGCUUGCUUUGCUGGUACUAGAGUCAUCGUGUGUGUCUGUCGUGUGUCCGUUUGUUAUGCAGUGCUCCAGUGGUACUUGCAUAGCUGCUGCUUGUGAAGUACUCCUGUGUGUGAUAUGUUGAACCUGUUGAAGUAGUAGCGAAAUCUCUGUUUAGUUGAACCUGUUGAACUGUCUGUCCAGUUGAAUUAGGUGAAGUGUAUGUUAUGCUUCAAUGUAUGACUUAUGACUAAUGAUACUGAUCUAAAUAUAUCCUAGUAGUGUUGCA